CUCAUCCAAUGGAUGAGCAACUUGAAACCAAUAUUUUCGGCGGUCCUGGUCAAAUGAAAGAAGAACUUACAGCUGCAUGCGAGGAUAGCACCGAGGAUGAGGGAGUUGAUCUUGUUGAAAUGAGAAUUGAGAAGAGAGGUUCUGGGGGCUCAACCAGGAAAAAUGGUCCAGCAGACCCAUUAUUGAAGGAUUCAGCUUUGAAUACAAUUAUUUCAUCAAAGGGUCGUAAAAGUCUUACUAAAACACAUAUUAAAGCAACAACUAGUGAAUUUGAUAUGACAUUAAAACAUGCAUUCUCGGAAAUAGAAGCAUUGUGUGGUUCAAUGGAUUUAACAAAAGAAAUUUCUGACACGACAAAACAAUUAUAUAAAAGGUCAAUAGAGGAGAGAUUAUUGCGUGGGAAAAAUCAAUUGGCAAUUUUCUCCGCAUGCAUUUUUAUCGCAUGUAAGGUUAAAAAAGUUGCGAGAUCUUUUAGAGAAAUUUGCUUUUCAUCACAAGUUUCUAUAAAAGAUAUUGCAAGAUGUUAUAAAAUAUUAUAUCAAAAUUUGGAAUUGAAUGUUGGUCAAAUGACUUCUGAAGAUUUAAUGAUUACAUUUUCUCAGAGUUUAAAUUUACCGAGAGAUCUUCAAAUCACCGCCACAAGAUUAAGCAAGCGAACCGAUGAUUUAGGUUUACUUUCUGGUAGAAAUCAAAUACCAUCGCUGCUUGCUUGUAUUCAUUAUGCAUCUGAAAUUUCUCAUGGGGAUCCCUAUUGA